CCAGAAGCAACCCCAUAACCCCGCCGCCCACCAUGGCCAAACCACCGGAGCAUUUCCAUCCGCACGACACUCUCGCGAACACGGCGCGCACGACGCUGCAGACGGGUAUAGGCGGCGCCUUCAUGGCGGGUGCCGAGAAUGCCCUACGAAAGCAGAACGUCGGUGCCAUGGGCAUCAUCACCCGGUCGGGCGGCAUCAUCGCCCUGUUUGCCGGUGUGGGAGCCACAUAUCAAUUCACGCGCGAUUCGGCAGCCAACCUCCGGCAGGUGGACGACACAUAUAACGAGGCAAUUGCCGGCUUUCUAGCUGGCCUGGCAUUGGGUCUGCCGAAGAGGAGUAUUGCCGUCAUGCUCGGAGCUGGUGCUCUGACGUCCAUCACAAUGGCUGGAUUUCAUUACACAGGUGGUUUCAGGGGCUAUAAGAAGGACUUGGUGCACGCUCCUGGAGAAGAUGAUGUCGACGUGAAGGAGAAGAACAAAGCGGAAUAUCGCCGACCCAUUUCCGAAAUCAUUUCUGAUCUGGGUGAAGGACGAGGCAUUUAUGCACCCGGUUACGAGGAAAGGAGGCGCCAACGGUUACUGGCCAAAUACGGUAUCGAUGUGGGCGAAGCACAAGGCUCGAGAGCUUGA